ACUAAAACAAUACUUCCGUCGACAGAAGGGUAGUUUGCUACGUCUACAAGCGGCCGAGGUCCAGAUUCAAUUCCGAAGGAGAUGACGUCAACCUCUUCUCGUCGUCGAUGGAAGUACGAUGUGUUUCUAAGUUUCAGAGGGCCAGAUACGCGCAAGGGGAUUACCUCCGAGCUGUAUGAUAGACUAGAACGGAGAGGAAUUAAAACCUUUAUGGAUGACCCCGAUCUUCAUGUAGGAGAUUCCAUUAGCCCUGAACUUUUAGCUGCAAUAGAGGAGUCAAGAUUUGCCAUUGUCAUGCUUUCACCCACCUAUGCUUCUUCGUCAUGGUGCUUGGAUGAACUCGUCAAGACUAUUCAAUGCAUGAAAGAGACGGGGCUACGAGUCAUGCCCGUCUUCUACAACGUGGAGCCUUGCGAUGUGCGGCACCAAAGGGGAAGUUUUGCGCUCAAAAGGAAACCCCGACACCAAGCAGACGUGGAAGUAAGGGAACAUGAAGAAGCUUAUGGCAAGACUGAGGAUAAAUUAAAGGCGUGGAGAGCUGCUUUGAAAGAAGUAGCCGAUCUUUCUGGGUGGGAUUCAAACAAGUUUAGAACUGAUAGAGAACUUGUUGAGGCAAUUGUUGGGACAAUUGAGAAUAAGGUGGUGUAUAAAUCUUCGAGUGUUGACAAGGGCUUAGUAGGAAUGGAUUUCCGCGUUGAUGAUUUAUUACAUAAUUACAUAUAUCAAGAGUUGGAUGAGGUACGUAUUAUAGGGAUACAUGGGAUGCGAGGCGUAGGUAAGACAACGUUUGCUCGGGCUUUUUAUGAUGACUUUUGUCAGGAUUUUGAGCAUAGAUGCUUUCUUCCCAAUGUUAGAGAAAGGUUUAAAGGGGGUGGCGUAGUUUCUUUACAAAAGAAGCUUCUUUCCAGCAUCUUGAUGGACAAAAUUGAAUACAUAGAGGAUGAAUAUGCAGGAGCUGCUAUGAUUCAAAGAAGUUUAUGUAAAACAAAGGUGCUUGCUGUUAUUGAUGAUGUGGAUCAGUUGGCACAAUUAGAAAAAUUGGCUGGAAGUCGCGACUGGUUCGGUCCAGGGAGCAGAAUUAUCAUAACCACCGCGGAUAAUCACCUGUUAGAGGCACAUGGUGUUGAUGCUACAUACAACGCUACUGGCUUAUUUUUAAAAGGGUUUUUGUCCAUUUACCCUAAUUUUAUAGUCAAUGUUCCCACUUACCCCAGCAACUUUUUUUAAUUCCCUUCUACCCUAAACACUCUAAGGAUCUAUUUCUUUUUACACAACAUUUCUAUUUUAAUAUAUUUUUGUUCACCUUUUUACCCUUCUGUUAACGACCUAGUCUUUCAGCCCCAGUUUGAAAUCCCGAGGUAACGAAUAGAGAGAACUUCUGCUUAGAGAGAGAAGCUCUGGUUCUGGUGCGAUAGAGAGAGAAGCUCGCAAUGGAGAGAGAAAGAAGC